CGGCUGCGCGCGGCGCGGGAGUGUGUGAGGGCAGCGGGCUUGUGGGACUGAAGCGGCGGGCGGAGACCAUGGGAGCGGGCUGGCUGCGGCCGUAGUUGUCUGAGCCUGGGCGUCAGCCCCUCGAGCCCCGGAAGGCGGGGCGGUCAGGGCCCGGUGGUGGCGGCGCCGCCGCUCCCGCUCUGGAAGUCCUGAGGGAGCCAGCUCUAGGCGGACGAGCGGACCCGGCGGCGCGAAUCUGACUGAGGGGCGGGGACGCCGCCGUCUGCUCCCGGCCUCCCGGGCGAGGCCGGCCCCUUGGACAGCCCCAGGCCCGGGACCGGCGCUGAGACCCGAAGCCGGAGCUAGAGGCGGGCGUGGGCCCGGGCGGAACCCCGCCCGGGGCUGGCGGUUCGGGGGCGGCGCUAGGCCCCGAGGCGUCCGGGCCGGCGCGCGGGGAGCCAGAGUGCGGGCCCGGCGGCGGCGGCAUGAGCCGGCCCCCGCCGACGGGGAAAAUGCCCGGCGCCCCCGAGGAGCAGCCGGGGGACGCGUCGGGCGCGAGUCGCCAGAGGAAGCUGGAGGCGCUGAUCCGAGACCCUCGCUCGCCCAUCAACGUGGAGAGCUUGCUGGAUGGCUUAAAUUCCUUGGUCCUUGAUUUGGAUUUUCCUGCUUUAAGGAAAAACAAGAAUAUAGACAAUUUCUUAAAUAGAUAUGAGAAAAUUGUGAAAAAAAUCAGAGGUCUACAGAUGAAGGCAGAAGACUACGAUGUUGUAAAAGUUAUUGGAAGAGGUGCUUUUGGCGAGGUCCAGUUGGUUCGUCAUAAAGCAUCACAGAAGGUUUAUGCUAUGAAACUUCUUAGUAAGUUUGAAAUGAUAAAAAGAUCAGAUUCUGCUUUUUUCUGGGAAGAAAGAGAUAUUAUGGCCUUUGCCAACAGUCCCUGGGUGGUUCAGCUCUUUUGUGCCUUUCAAGAUGAUAAGUAUCUGUACAUGGUAAUGGAGUACAUGCCUGGUGGAGACCUUGUAAACCUUAUGAGUAACUAUGAUGUACCUGAGAAAUGGGCCAAAUUUUAUACAGCAGAAGUGGUUCUUGCUCUGGAUGCCAUCCAUUCCAUGGGUUUAAUUCAUAGAGAUGUAAAGCCUGACAACAUGCUUUUGGAUAAACAUGGACAUCUAAAAUUAGCAGAUUUUGGCACAUGUAUGAAGAUGGAUGAAACAGGCAUGGUGCAUUGUGACACAGCAGUUGGAACACCUGAUUAUAUAUCACCUGAGGUUCUGAAAUCACAAGGGGGUGAUGGUUACUAUGGGCGAGAAUGUGAUUGGUGGUCUGUGGGUGUUUUCCUUUUUGAGAUGCUGGUGGGGGAUACUCCAUUUUACGCAGAUUCACUUGUAGGAACAUAUAGCAAAAUUAUGGAUCAUAAGAACUCCCUAUGUUUCCCUGAAGAUGCAGAAAUUUCUAAACAUGCAAAGAAUCUCAUCUGUGCCUUCCUCACAGAUAGGGAGGUACGACUUGGGAGAAAUGGGGUAGAAGAAAUAAAACAACAUCCUUUCUUUAAGAAUGAUCAAUGGAAUUGGGAUAACAUAAGGGAGACGGCAGCCCCAGUGGUACCUGAACUCAGCAGCGACAUAGACAGCAGCAAUUUUGAUGACAUUGAAGAUGACAAAGGAGAUGUAGAAACCUUCCCCAUUCCUAAAGCCUUCGUGGGAAAUCAGCUGCCUUUUAUAGGAUUUACCUACUAUAGAGAAAAUUUGUUAUUAAGUGACUCUCCAUCUUGUAGAGAAAAUGAUUCAGUGCAAUCAAGGAAAAAUGAGGAAAGUCAAGAGAUUCAGAAAAAACUGUACACAUUAGAAGAACACCUCAGCACUGAGACGCAAGCCAAAGAGGAGCUAGAGCAGAAGUACAAAUCUGUUAAUACUCGCCUGGAGAAGGUAGUAAAGGAGCUGGAAGAAGAGAUUACUUUAAGGAAGAAUGUGGAAUCGGCGUUAAGACAAUUAGAAAGAGAAAAGGCUCUUCUUCAGCACAAAAAUGCAGAAUAUCAGCGGAAAGCUGAUCAUGAAGCAGACAAGAAACGAAAUUUGGAAAAUGAUGUUAACAGUUUAAAAGAUCAACUUGAAGAUUUGAAGAAAAGAAACCAGAAUUCUCAAAUAUCCACUGAGAAAGUGAAUCAACUCCAGAGACAGCUGGAUGAGACCAAUGCUUUGCUGCGAACAGAAUCUGAUACUGCAGCCCGGUUAAGAAAAAGCCAGGCAGAAAGUUCAAAACAGAUUCAACAGCUGGAAUCUAACAAUAGAGAUCUACAGGAUAAAAAUUGCCUGUUGGAGACCGCCAAGUUAAAACUUGAGAAGGAAUUUAUCAAUCUUCAGUCAGUUCUGGAAUCAGAAAGGAGGGACCGAACCCAUGGAUCAGAGAUCAUUAAUGAUUUACAAGGUAGAAUAUCUGGCCUAGAAGAAGAUUUGAAGAGUGGCAAAAUCUUGUUUGCAAAAGUAGAGAUGGAGAAGAGACAACUACAGGAGAGAUUCACUGAUUUGGAAAAGGAAAAGAACAACAUGGAGAUAGAUAUGACAUACCAACUAAAAGUUAUACAGCAGAGCUUGGAACAAGAAGAAGCUGAACAUAAAGCUACAAAAGCCCGGCUGGCAGAUAAAAAUAAGAUUUAUGAAUCCAUCGAAGAAGCUAAAUCAGAAGCCAUGAAAGAAAUGGAAAAAAAGCUCUUGGAAGAAAGGGUUUUAAAACAGAAAGUGGAGAACUUGCUCCUGGAAGCUGAGAAAAGAUGCUCUCUAUUAGACUGUGACUUUAAACAGUCACAGCAGAAAAUAAAUGAACUCCUUAAACAGAAAGAUGUUCUAAACGAAGAUGUUAGAAACUUGACAUUAAAAAUAGAGCAGGAAACUCAAAAGCGCUGCCUCACACAAAAUGACUUGAAGAUGCAAACACAGCAAGUCAACACACUAAAAAUGUCAGAAAAGCAGUUAAAACAAGAGAAUAAUCAUCUCAUGGAAAUGAAAAUAAACUUGGAAAAACAGAAUGCUGAACUUCGAAAAGAGCGUCAGGAUGCAGAUGGGCAGAUGAAAGAGCUCCAAGACCAGCUUGAAGCAGAGCAGUAUUUCUCAACCCUCUAUAAAACACAGGUUAGGGAACUUAAAGAAGAAUGUGAAGAGAAGACCAAACUGUGUAAAGAAUUACAGCAGAAGAAACAGGAAUUACAGGAUGAAAGGGACUCCUUGGCUGCUCAGCUGGAGAUCACCUUGACCAAAGCAGAUUCUGAGCAGCUGGCACGUUCAAUUGCUGAAGAACAGUAUUCUGAUUUGGAAAAAGAGAAAAUCAUGAAAGAGCUAGAGAUCAAAGAGAUGAUGGCGAGGCACAAACAGGAACUCAGUGAAAAAGAUGCUACAAUUGCAUCUCUUGAAGAAACUAAUAGGACACUAACUAGUGAUGUUGCCAAUCUUGCAAAUGAGAAAGAAGAAUUAAAUAACAAAUUGAAAGAUGCCCAAGAACAACUGUCAAGGUUGAAAGAUGAAGAAAUAAGUGCAGCAGCUAUUAAAGCACAAUUCGAGAAGCAGUUGUUAACAGAGAGAACACUGAAAACUCAAGCUGUGAAUAAGUUGGCUGAGAUCAUGAAUCGGAAAGAGCCUAUCAAACGUGGCAGUGACACAGACGUGCGGAGAAAAGAGAAGGAGAAUAGGAAGCUGCACAUGGAGCUGAAGUCUGAACGUGAAAAAUUGACGCAGCAGAUGAUCAAGUAUCAGAAAGAACUGAAUGAAAUGCAGGCUCAAAUAGCUGAAGAGAGCCAAAUUCGAAUUGAACUGCAGAUGACACUGGACAGUAAAGACAGUGACAUUGAGCAGCUGCGGUCACAGCUCCAGGCCUUACACAUGGGCAUGGACAGUUCCAGCACAGGCAGUGGGCCCGGGGACACUGAGGCGGAUGAUGGGUUUCCAGUCCAUGUCACUCAGUCACACACUAUGGAAUCCAUGUCAUUCACCUACCAGCGCUCCUCCACCUCUCUCAGUAUUGCCACUAAGCCUUCCAGUUCUCGUUCGCUCCUUGACUCUGACUCUGAUUCAGAAGAAGACUCUUUGCCUUACUUACCUAUCUCAUCGGGACCUAAUGAUACAGAAUCAAGACUAGAGGGAUGGCUUUCAUUGCCUGUGAGAAAUAACACUAAGAAGUUUGGAUGGGUUAGAAAGUAUGUGAUUGUAAGCAGUAAGAAGAUUCUUUUCUAUGACAGUGAACAAGAUAAAGAACAAUCUAAUCCUUACAUGGUUUUAGAUAUAGACAAGUUGUUUCAUGUCCGACCAGUCACACAGACAGAUGUAUAUAGAGCAGAUGCUAAAGAGAUUCCAAGGAUAUUUCAGAUUCUGUAUGCCAAUGAAGGAGAAAGUAAGAAGGAACAAGAGUUUCCAGUGGAGCCAGUGGGAGAAAAGUCUAAUUAUAUUUGCCAUAAGGGACAUGAAUUUAUUCCUACUCUCUAUCAUUUCCCAACCAACUGCGAGGCUUGUAUGAAGCCGUUGUGGCAUAUGUUCAAGCCGCCUCCUGCGUUAGAGUGCCGCCGCUGCCAUAUCAAGUGCCAUAAAGAUCACAUGGACAAAAAGGAGGAGAUUAUAGCGCCUUGCAAAGUGUACUAUGAUAUUUCAACGGCAAAGAAUCUGUUGAUAUUAGCAAAUUCUACAGAAGAACAGCAAAAGUGGGUUAGUCGAUUGGUGAAAAAGAUACCUAAAAAGCCUCCAGCUCCAGACCCUUUUGCACGGUCAUCUCCUAGAACUUCAAUGAAGAUACAGCAGAACCAGUCCAUUAGACGGCCAAGUCGACAGCUCGCUCCGAAUAAACCAAGAUUGCUUGAUUUGGCAUUUAAAGACUGGAAUUGGUCAUUUGAUGAUGUUGAUGGUGGUGGUGAUGAUGAUGAUGAUGAUGAUGAUGACGUUUUUGGUUUCUGAAGAAAUAAAUGGGCUAACUGCCUUCUAUGAAUGCAGUCAUUAUUCGAGGUGAUCAUAUUCUUCCAGUUAAAACAAGACUGAAAUAUGAUGGCCCAAAAUUUAUGAAAAAGCUAUAUUUUCCUGAGAGACUGAUAUAUAUAUAUACAUAUGCAUAUACAUAUAUAUUCCCUUUAUUCCUGCAAUAUACAUUGUAAAUCUCGGAGAGUUUUUGGGGGCUUCUUUGGAGCAUCAGAUUGAACCAAUAGUGAUUGGUUGGUGGAGUAAGAGUAUCAUACGCAACUCUUCCAAACUUGUUCCAUUAGGCUCUCUUGACACUCACACUACAUUGCACAAAAGGAUUGAGAAGAGUUAAAGAAAUCAUUUUUUCAGCUCCAGCAGAGAGAUUUCACCAGCGUAUUUACCAGAAGAAUCUGGGAAUGGAUUUCACUACAGAGAUACAGACUGCAUCAGUAAGAAGUGACCAUUAUACUGUGUGUGUAUGUGUGUGUACAUAUGUGUACACACACGCACAUAAAGAGAGUACUGUGAUACCGUGAGAGGGUUUUGUAAACAUCCCACUUUAUUUUUUUAUACACAUUGAUCAGAUGUCAUUACUUAACUGCAGUUGCAACUAUGCACUUGUACGAAGCCAUACUGUUGGGUUUUCCAUCACUCAUCUGCGUGCACCUGUCGGAGCUGCAUGUUCAUGUUACUGUAACAGAAACUUGGAGCUUAAUUCUGUCAGUCUCCUAAUGCUUCAGGAUAGGCAACUUUAUCCAUUUUGAAUGCCUUAAUUUAAUUUUUUCAGUCUUAGCCCUUUUCUGUAUUACAAAAAAAACAAGUGUUUACCAGCUUGUAGGAUGCAAAUUUGCUUUGCAGAAGACACUAGUGCACUAUUUUUACACAUAACAGUCAUCAGCGUCAGCCUACUUUGAUUGUAUAACAGAGUUUUUAAAAAAUAUUGGUGAUAGGAACAGUAAUGGAUAGUAUUAGAACUAAUAUAUCUCUUAUGUAUUUCUAUUAUUCAUUCAGCCCUUUUUACAGAUCUCAGUGUUAGCGGGUGACUCUGAAAUGCUUGGAAUUUGCUGACUACCCUAGAUGUGUUUUUAUUUCUGGUAAUAACAUUCGUGACUAUUUUUACAUUUCACACUCAACUUUCAAAAUUUAUCUCAAAUGUAAAGAAAGCUAAAACAUACUCUAGAUAUAUUUUAAAUAUUUAAAUGUGAUCCCUUAAACACACAAUUGUGUAUGGCAAUAUAUUGGUAUUGGGUUAUGAAAACUGGUGAUUGGAAAGAAGUGGCCUCAAAGGCCACUUGCUUUUUAUUUUUUAAAUGCUGUUACAGUUAUGCAGGACCAUUCCCGCUGUGUUUCUCACCAUCCCACAGAAGUGCAUGUCUUGUACUGAGACAGUGCGCGUCAGUGAUAAGCAUCAGGUAAAAAAUUAUGUAGCCUUCUAUCAGUCUUUGUGUACGCGCAACACAUGCACAGUUUGGUGUGAUACCGAAAUACAUCAUUUAAUAUUUCAAUGAAGGAACGCGGACAUUUCUCACGGAUUCCCUUUGAGGUCAGUGUGGAGAUAUUUAAAGAGUUAGGUCCCCAGUUACACAUACUGUUGUGGAAACUGAAGAAUGGCCUUUGGUUUACCGGUGUCCAGAAACUGAGUCUUCUUCCUCUCCCGCCCGGUCUGCGUGCGCGUGCACGUGCGCUGUCUGUGCUGGAUGUGGACGUGCACGCCGCAGGUGGCGCCCUGGCAGGCGUGUUCUGCAGUUCUGGUUUGGGGGCACAGAUUUUUUUUUUAAAGUAAGAUUUAAAAAUGAAAAGUAUAUAAAAUUUAUAUAGAAUAAAUAUUUCCAUUCAUUAGACUUGUUAAAAGGAGACUGAAUUAAUAUUUUAUAUAAAGAUUUUGUUACACUAUGGGAGGUUCUAUCAUUAUUCUGAAUUGGAGAGUAUAUAUAUAUUUUUAAUAAACUUUAUUAAGGUGAAAUAAUUUGAAGUUUACACAUGAGUAAUUGAAAUAUUUGAGUAAAAAUGACAAACGUUUAAAAUUUUGAAUGCUGUAUAUAUCAGAGAAUAUGGAGAAUCAUGGUGUGAUGCAACUACACAUGGAAUAUUGAAGUGACGCGGGGAGGGGAGGUGUGCUAAGGGGUGGGGAAAAUCUCUCCCAUGGAGAUUCUUCACAUUAUAUGGUUUGACAUAAGGAUUUAUAAGAUUGUUUGUCCAACUAAUGGAAAUGUGCUUAAUAAAGAUUCUGAUCUCGGGUAAGAAUGUGCUUUUUACCCUGUUGCUGGUUUCGCGCACGUACACGCAUGAUGCGUGCACCUACCCAGUGUCCCCUUCCCGGCACUCAUUAAAUGUGACAUGACUUGGAUUAACAA